AUGGACUCUUCAAGUUCACGAUUGGAUAAUGAGGGUGAAUUUGACGAUGAUCUAACCCAUCAAGAUGAUCGUCAAAAUGAUAUGGGUGAAAAAUUUGAGAAGUCGAAGGAUUUAAUGACAUUUAUUUCAGAUGAAGAGUUGAAUGAUGAGGAAGAAAAUGUGGUACUACCUGUGGUGUUAAAGGAUGAUGAGAAAGUUGAAGAACCGAAAGAAUCAAUGACAUUUAGUUCAUUAGACGAAGUCUGUUCUUAUUAUAGGAAGUAUGCUAAGUCAGCUGGGUUUGGUAUAGCGCAGAGAAGUUCGAGAAAAAAGAAGGGUAGAAAAGGUUACGUAAUGCUUAUAUGUACUCGUGGAGGUGCAGAGCGACCUAAAACAAGUGAUUGUGCGAAGCCAAUUCCAGUUUCAAAUAAAACAGGGUGUGGUGCCAGGAUUUGUGCAAAUUUAUGUGAUGAUGGAACGUGGUUUUUGAGUAAAGUUGAGUUGAUGCAUAAUCAUUCGUUAAGCCCGAGCAAGGUGAGAUUUUUUAGAAGCAAUAAGAAAAUUAGUGACGCUGCGAAAAGAAGACUUGAGCUAAAUGACAGAGCAAGAAUACGUUUGUGUAAAAAUUUCAAUUCAUUAGUUGUUGAAAGUGGGGGGUUUGAGAAUCUUUCCUUUGGAGAGAGAGAUUGUCGGAAUUAUAUUAACAAGGCAAGAGAACUCAAUCUUGGUAAAGGUGGUGCUCAAGCACUUUGUGAUUACUUCAGAAGAAUGCAAAAGCAGAAUAGUGGCUUCUACUACGUAAUAGAUGUGGACGAUGAUUGUAGGUUACGAAAUGUUUUUUGGGCUGAUGCACGGAGUAGGGCAGCGUAUGAUUUCUUUGGAGAUGUUAUUACGUUUGACACAACGUAUUUGACCAAUAAAUAUGACAUGCCAUUUGCUCCUUUUGUAGGAGUGAAUCAUCAUGGUCAAUCUAUACUUUUGGGGGCAGGACUAAUUUCAAGAGAGGAUACAGACACAUUUGUGUGGUUGUUUAAAUGUUGGUUGGAGUGCAUGAAUGGCCAAGCCCCUAAAGCAAUUAUGACAGACCAGGAUAGAGCUAUGAAAAAUGCAAUCGCUAUUGCUUUUCCUGAAAGUCGUCAUAGAUAUUAUUUUCUGGAGAAGUAUAAUCUUCAUGAUAAUGCAUGGUUGAAUGAGUUAUAUAUGGAUCAGACAUUUUGGGUGCCGGCAUACAUGAAAGAUACGUUUUGGGCGGGAAUGAGUACUACACAGCGAAGUGAAAGUAUGAACGCAUUUUUUGAUGGUUACGUACACUCACGAACCACAUUGAAAGAAUUUGUUGAUGAAUAUGAUAACGCUUUAAGGAGAAUGGUCGAGAGUGAGGCACGUGCUGAUUUCGAUUCUUUCAAUCGCACAAUCUUAUGUAUAAGCGCCUUGCAAUUAGAGAAACAGUUUCAAGUUGUUUACACAAAUGCGAAGUUCAAAGAAGUACAUGAGCAGUUUGUGAAAAUGAUGUCUUGUAAUAACGCUCUUCUCAAAAGUGAAGGUGCGAUUUCUACCAUCGAAGUUGUUGAAUAUGUUGCCGUUGGAGAUCACUUAAUAGAAAAGACAUUUCUUGUUUACUUCAAUGAAAAUGAACUCGAAGUGAAGUGCACAUGUGCAUUGUUUGAAGUAAAAGGCAUCCUAUGUAGGCAUUCACUUUCCGUGUUACGGACAAAGAAAGUGACAACUUUGCCACAAAGAUAUGUUCUUGACAGAUGGAUGAAAGAUAUUAAGCGAGAGUACUCGAAGGUUACGAGUAGUUAUGAUGCCAUUAGUGAUAAUCCACAUGCCCAAAUACAUGACAAAGUGAGAAACAAUUUGGAAGAAUUAUUGUCGCUCACGUCAGUAAACACAGAGAAACGUUGCAUGGAACUAAUGGAAAAAAUUGAUCAAUUAAAAGAGUUGUGGCGUUGCGAAAAUCAAUCUUUUGGCAUUCCAGCUACUGUCGCAUCUUCUAGCUGCAAAAAGGUGUUUAGUCCUGUGAAGAUUGACUGUAAAGGGAGACCACGAACAAAGAGAAAGGUGUCUGUUAUAGAAACAGUGGUGAAGAAAUCCAAAGUAUCGAGCAAGCCACCAAGAAACAACAAUGAUAAAACGAAGAAACGAAAAAAUCAAGCCUCCAAAUCAACGGAAAAUCAAGACAACACUAGUCAAUCUCCAUUGCCUUCUAUGCCUUCUGCAGCUCACGAUCAUAGUACUCAGGAUUCUGUCGCUUCGUCAUCGACAGUUGCUCACACGUUCAGUAGUCACCAUCAUUCUAUUCUUUCUCAGGUGAAUUUGUCAAUGGACCCCAUAAAUUUGUUAUCUACAUUGAUAAGCCAACACAAAUACCAAGAGGCUUUCAGUACAGCCUUACAAAUGCGUGAUGUGUCAAUUGUGAAUUGGCUAUGCUCCCAGGUUGAUAUACGGUGGGUCUUGACUAUGGAUCCUCUGCCUUUGAGUCAAGAAGUAUUACUCCAGUUGUUCUGGCUUUUACCCUAUUGUUUCAAUACCAACCCAGCCGAAAUAAUUGCUUGGGUGACAGACGUUUUUAAUUCCAUAAUUCCAACUGAUCCGGCAAUUGAAAUGCAUGUGCGGCCCAUCUUCAAUCAAGUCUAUGCCGCACUCAACCAUAUAAGUGUCCUGCCGACAAUUACUGAUGCUAUGCGGUCAACUAUACGUCUUCUGAUGAAUGAUACGAACUACACCCAGUUGAUUGAGCUUUACAACAGAUACAUGGACAAAGGUUUUGAGAUCUUAGCAUUUCCAUGCACAAGAUACAAAGCUAACUAUCCAAUAUUUCAAAAGCUUAUCAGUUGA